CUCUCACUUAAUUAAUGUGAUCUUCUUCCUCAAACUCUAACUUUGGCUAUCUCUCAUUUUCUCUCUCCUACCUCCCUUUUUUUUCUCUUUUAUCCCUCGCUUUCGAGGGCUUUUUUAAAUUUUUAUUUAUUUUUUCCCUUUUCCUUCUUUUUUUUAUUUUUCAUUUUCCAUUGUUUUGCCACAGCUUCUUCGAUUACACUCUUGAAUUUCUCUCUGUUAUUUUGGGAAAAUUCCCCCAAUUUCUUCGCUUUUUUACAAACCCUAAUAAUCUGAUUUUGGAAGGGUAAAAAUUUUGAAUAAAAAAGAUGCAUCAAAGAAUGAAGCAACAUCAACAACAACAACAAGCUCUGAUGCAACAAUCGAUCCUUCAACAACAAGCUUCUCUUUAUCAUCCAGGUGUUUUAGCUGCUCCUCCUCAGAUAGAGCCUAUCUUGAGUGGAAAUCUGCCACCAGGCUUUGAUUCAAGUGCAUGCCGCAGUGUGUAUGUUGGGAACAUUCAUCCCCAAGUCACUGAACCACUUCUUCAGGAGGUUUUUGCUAGCAACGGUCUGAUUGAAGGAUGCAAGCUGAUUCGGAAGGAAAAGUCUUCCUAUGGCUUUGUGGACUACUAUGACCGCAGAUCAGCUUCUCUCGCUAUUGUGACCCUUAAUGGCCGGCAUCUAUUUGGACAACCUAUCAAAGUUAAUUGGGCAUAUGCUAGCAGUCAAAGAGAGGACACAACAAGUCAUCAUAACAUAUUUGUUGGAGAUCUGAGCCCUGAAGUUACGGAUGCUACACUUUUUGCAUGCUUCUCUGUCUAUCAAAGCUGCUCAGAUGCUAGAGUAAUGUGGGAUCAAAAAACUGGGCGUUCCAGGGGUUUUGGGUUUGUUUCAUUUAGGAACCAGCAGGAUGCUCAGAGUGCGAUCAACGAUGUUAAUGGAAAAUGGCUUGGAAGUAGACAGAUCCGCUGUAAUUGGGCCACUAAAGGUGCUAUAGGCAAUGAUGACAAGCCAAGCUCAGAUGCUAAGAGUGUUGUGGAGCUCACAAAUGGGUCAUCUGAUGAAGGUCAAGAAAAAGCAAAUGAUGAUGCUCCAGAGAAUAAUCCUCAGUACACCACUGUCUAUGUUGGCAACCUUGCUUCUGAGGUUACAUCAGUUGAUCUUCACCGUCAUUUCCAUGCUCUAGGGGCUGGUGUUAUUGAAGAUGUCCGUGUACAACGAGACAAGGGUUUUGGUUUCGUGAGAUACAGCACUCAUUCUGAAGCUGCUCGAGCUAUUCAAAUUGGGAAUGCACGGGUCCUUUGUGGAAAACCUCUAAAGUGUUCUUGGGGGAGCAAGCCUACUCCAGCUGGAGCAAGCUCCACACCGCUUCCUCCACCAGUUCAAGCACUAGGUUACACUGCUGCUGAUCUUGCUGCCUAUGAACGACAACUUGCUCUAGCUAAAAUGAGCGGUGUUCAUGCUCUCAUGGGUCAGCAUCCACUGAAAGCACCCAUGGGUAUGGGUGCUCCUGGGGGGAGUCAGCCAAUCUAUGACCCUGCAUACCAGAAUCUUGCUACAUCACAGCAGCUCAUGUAUUAUCAUUGAAGUGCUCCUAACUUUUCUAUAACUUUUUUCAUUCCUUCCUGAUGGAUGUAAUGGUGUAUUAGCUCUUUUUCUUUUUCCUUUCCCCUUUCCCUUUCUCUUUUAUCUUGGAAUCAGUUGAAGUGUUGUAUCGAUAUAAUCUUAAUAUGUGCACCGCUUUAUGCAUGUAUUUACAGAGCUUGUAUUUUCGGUAUUACUAUAUGCUAAGAGAUGAUGAGCAUGCCAGGCCUCGUUACGAGACUCAGUGAGCAUGUUGCAGAUGUAAUUUAUUGAGUGUUUUAUUACAACUUUUAUUUUUCUUUC